AUGCCGGUGGGCGGCAGGGGCACGACGGCGGGAGUAGCGACAGGGAAUAUAUUUACGAUGCUGCAGUUCUGCAUCUUGGUGCUGGCAACUGUCAGUUACGUGUCGUCCACGACCGUCACCGAUGCGAACGCUUUCGUGGACACCAUCAUAAAUGAAGAUGUGCCAGUGCUCGUGAAGGAAUCACCGCGGCUUUUCCCCUACGCGACCAUCGAAGACUUCAGCUUCACGGUACACCAGAACCGUGUCACCAACCGUGACCUGACGGUGAACAUGACACGUGGCAAGGUCCGAGGCUUGGACACUGCUGUGCAGCGGAGGGAAGACUGUGAGGCGCUUUUCCUGCGUGACGGACAGACUAUCGUCGUGUGCGACCUUGCAAUACAAGGGCUCGACAUCACCUUCACAUCGCUGGUGAAAGGAGACAACCUUGUCGGCAUUUGGAAGACCAUCUCGGUGAAUGUAGCUGUGACGGACGGCACAAUUCAGUUCGAAGCCAAAGUUCCUACAGGUCAUCGCGGCGGGACUCUGCGCGCGUUCUCGAUCAAGGACCUCCACCUCUACGUCACGUACGACAGCAACUUGAGCCUCAACGAGGAACGGAGCCAGAAAUUCAAGGAAGAAGUGUCGGCUAAAGUCAGGGAAGAGCUACGUCAUAUCUUGGCCGAAUACGUGUCGCUGGUCCGCCGUGCUGUAAACUUGUACACGUUCCCUAGGGCCUAAUCUCGCAAUAAAUGCAAUGUGUGAGAUCGCUACAGUGAUCAAAGUGACCUUGAUGCAAUGAUGUCAACGAGCAAGCAGUCACUUUUUUCUUCAUCUUUGGCACGCUGUUUUAGUCUCUAUUCUACACGCUCAGCUUUCUUUGCACGAGAGCUUUUAGUAACGCCCGUACACCUGUCCGGCUUUCUUAAAUUAAUCAAGGCCAACUUAUGGCUUAUGCAAGAAAAGUGCCUGUGG